ACGCUGCAUCAAAUAUCAGACGAAGCAUCAAGUAAACUCAUUAGCAGUCAAAAGAAGUUGAAAAUGAAAUUGAAUUUGAUCGUGGCGAUGGCUUCUAAUAUGGGGAUUGGGUUUAAGGGAACAAUUCCGUGGCGGUUGAAAAAGGACAUGUCAUUGUUUGCAAAGUUGACAAAAUGGACAAAAGACAAUAACAAAAGAAAUGCAGUUAUUAUGGGGAGGCGAACAUGGGAAUCAAUUCCAGAAAGAAAUCGGCCGCUUCCCAACAGACUCAACAUUGUUUUGUCAGAAUCUCAGCAACAGAUUGACAAUACCUUAACAUGUAAAAGCCUGGAAUCUGCAUUACAGCUUCUUCAGGAACCUCUCUAUCUCAAACAAAUUGAAAAUAUCUGGAUAAUAGGAGGGGCCUCUGUGUAUAAAGAAGCAAUGGAUCACCAAUCUUGCCAUCGUAUAUAUGUAACACAUAUAUUGGAGAAUUUCGAGUGUGAUGUGUUUAUGCCAGCAAUAGAUCCAAGAAAAUUUCGAUUAGUGAGUGAUCCCAUGGUACCUCAAGAUACAGAAGAAGAAAACGGUAUUGCUUUCAAGGUGAAAGUUUACGAGAAAGUUUAAACGCCUCUGAAUAUCUAUUUCCUGAAAUUUAAAAAAAUGCGCCAUUCCUUUCCCCCGUUGUCAGCUUGGCGAUAGGGAUAAAAUAAAAACUCAUUUAUUUUGAAA